AUGGAAUGCAAAAGGGCAUUUAUUGCUGGAGUAGCUGAUGAUAAUGGAUAUGGCUGGGCAAUCGCCAAAUCUCUUGCUGCUGCAGGUGCUGAAAUUCUUGUGGGAACAUGGGUUCCGGCUCUGAACAUUUUCGAGACCAGUCUUCGCCGUGGGAAAUUUGAUGAAUCACGCAUGUUGCCUGAUGGCUCUUUGAUGGAGAUCACAAAAGUGUAUCCACUGGAUGCAGUGUACGACAGUCCUGAGGAUGUUCCUGAAGAUAGACCCCCAGUGAACAUCAGAUUUAUAAAUUAUCUCAUAAAUGACAUUGCCAUGAUAUUGCUCCAUGCAGUGUGUCAAGCAGUGAAGUUAUGGGACUUUAUAAUUAAGGCACAUGAAGUUGCUGAAUCUGUUAAGAAGGAUUUUGGCAGCAUUGACAUUCUGGUGCACUCACUUGCCAAUGGACCAGAGGUUAGCAAACCACUGUUAGAAACAUCCAGAAAUGGAUAUCUUGCAGCCAUAUCUGCUUCAAGUGGUGCCUCAGUAUCUCUAACUUACAUUGCUUCCGAAAGGAUAAUACCAGGGUAUGGAGGAGGCAUGAGCUCAGCAAAAGCUGCCCUCGAGAGUGACACUAAAGUGCUGGCCUUUGAAGCUGGAAGAAAGCACAAAAUUAGAGUCAACACAAUAUCUGCGGGAUUUUGUAUGGAGGGUGGUGGUUUUGCUGAAAUUAUGCCCAGUGGCCAUGGAUGCACUCAAAAGUUUUUUGCUCAGCUUCAAGUGUUUGUUCGAACUAGCUGUUCUGUGUUUGAACAUCUCAGCAAAAGGAGGAGAAGAGUAGAGGAAGUAGGGAAUGCAGCUGCUUUCCUUGCAUCACCUUUGGCUUCGGCAAUCACGGGUGCUGUUGUGUAUGUUGACAAUGGUCUGAAUGCCAUGGGUGUUGGAGUCGACAGCCCAGUAUUUGCAGAUCUUGACAUUCCCAAAGCCCACUAA